UCCACCUGAGAGAGAGGAGAGAGAGGGGGCAGAGGCAGAGGGUGCUGUAAACUUUGGAGGUUGCUUGCGGAACAAGGCUCUCUUUCUCCACCCCUCCCUCUUCUCUCCUCUCUCUCUCUCAUGAUCUCAUCAUUAUUAUGGCGGAAUCACAACAACGAGAGAAGCAACAGGAGCAGCACCACCAUCAACCGCCUCCUCCAACCCCUACUCCGCCGUCCGAUCCUCCCAACCCAGUUAUGUCGGAGAGCCCCAUCUCAGACUCACCUCGAUAUCCAUCAUGGUUCACCCCCAAAAGGUUGCUCGUGAUGUUCUGUGUGAUUAACUUGAUUAAUUAUGUCGAUCGAGGAGCAAUAGCCAGCAAUGGUGUCAACGGUAGCAUUGGGAUUUGUGAUCCUAGCGGCAUUUGCACCGCGGGUACCGGAAUUCAGGGAGAUUUUAAAUUGAGCAAUUUUGAAGACGGCUCUCUGUCAUCUGCAUUUAUGGUUGGGCUUCUUGUGGCCUCACCCAUCUUUGCAUCGUUGGCAAAGAGUCACAAUCCCUUUAGGCUGAUUGGAGUUGGAUUAUCUAUUUGGACAUUUGCCACAGCCGGGUGUGGUGGUUCAAUUAACUUUUGGACCAUUGCAAUAUGUCGCAUGCUGGUUGGAGUUGGUGAGGCAUCUUUCAUUAGUCUUGCAGCACCAUUCAUCGAUGACCAUGCUCCUGCAACUCAGAAAACAGCAUGGCUUGCUAUGUUUUACAUGUGUAUACCAACUGGAAUUGCCUUGGGCUAUGUAUACGGCGGAUUUGUGGGAUCCAGUUUCAGUUGGCGUUAUGCAUUCUGGGGAGAGGCAUUAAGUAUGCUUCCAUUUUGUGUAUUGGCUUUUGUGAUGAAACCAUUGGAGUUGAAAGGUCUUGCUCCUGCUGACACAAGAAAAACUUUGGAACCUAUUGAAGCAACUAGUCCUUUAAUUGAAGAUGCGUUUGUAAGGACAGGAACUGCGGGUGGAUCUAAGAUGGUCAACGUAAUGACUAUGAAUGAUUCAGAUGUCACAGAAAAAGCUUCUUGGCCAAGCCCUGCUAAAAAGUCUUUGAGCCAACUCUCAAGAUUCUCAAGAGAUAUGAAAGCGCUUUUGCUCGAUAAAGUUUAUGUUGCUAAUGUCUUAGGUUAUGUGUCAUAUAACUUUGUCAUUGGAGCCUACUCGUACUGGGGACCAAAGGCUGGUUAUGACAUUUAUCAUAUGAAUAAGCCAGAUUUGUGGUUCGGAGCUAUUACAAUUGUUUGUGGAAUUCUGGGGACGUUAGCUGGAGGGCUCAUCCUUGAUGCAGUGACUGCCACAAUUUAUAACGCUUUUAAGCUUCUCUCUGUUGCAACAUUUCUAGGCGCAAUAUUUUGCUUCAGUGCCUUCUGUGUAAGGAACUUGUAUGGUUUUGUAGUUCUCUUCGCAUUGGGGGAGCUCCUUGUGUUUGCAACCCAGGCUCCAGUUAAUUAUGUGUCUCUGCGGUGUGUGACACCAAGUCUUAGGCCAAUGGCUAUGGCUGUCUCAACUGUUUCAAUCCACAUCUUUGGUGAUGUUCCUUCCUCGCCUCUUGCUGGAAUACUCCAGGACCAUGUUAAAAAUUGGAGGAUAACAACUCUUGCUGUGACAUCUGUUCUGUUUCUUGCGUCUGGAAUAUGGUUCCUAGGGAUCUUCGUUAGCAACAAGGGUAGUUCUGACGAAGAUGGUAAGGAAGAAGUCUCCACGGUUGAGACAGUCAAAAAACCACUUGAAGAGAACAGAACUGAGGGAGCAAAAGACCCUGUUGAAGCAUAAAUUGACUAUAGUGAAUGCUUGCAAGUUGCUUGUUUCAUCUAUAAGGUAAUGCCACUGUUACCAUUUAUGCUGGGAAAAUGUGUAAAUAGUGUUAAUUUUCCACGAAAAUCUUCGUGGUUAGUAAAUUCUAGAGUUAAACAGUAACCUGAGCAAUUGAACAACUCACCUCUUGUUCCAAUUCACUAUGACUUGUAAUGCCCGAAUAAUGACGACAAAAUUCAUCUCCAGAAUGCUGAAACCCAUUUGAAAAUUCAUCUGUAGAACUUUCAAGGUGAGAGUUGUAGUGCUGCUUCCGCCGUUUCCAGAUUAGGCCUCUCUAUCGAAUUAUUUUCCAACAAAUUUUUGUUGGGAAUUAUGUAUAUGAUAAAAAAAGUUUGCUUAUUUAUAGUUACCCUUUUAAAUCAAUAUGUAGAGUUUUCUGCCUUGUAAUCUUGUUCAGUUCUCUACAUGUUCUUUCACGGUUGCUGAAAUACCAUCGCUGUAUUCGUUUCAAA